GAAUGAGUUGUGUGUGUGCUGUGUAGCAGCAGCAGGAGAUCCUGGCAGCGAAGCGACAGCAGGAGCUGGAGCAGAAGAGGAAGUUGGAGCAGCAGAGACACGAGGAGAUGGAGAAGCAGCGACUGGAGCAACAGCUCAUCAUGCUAAGGAACAAGGAGAAGGGCAAAGAGAGUGCAAUUGCCAGCACAGAGGUUAAGUUAAAGCUGCAGGAGUUUCUCCUCAGCAAAUCCAAAGAACCCUCAUCUGGUGGACUCAACCAUUCCUUUCCCCAGAAAUGCUGGGGAGCCCAUCACACCUCCCUGGACCAGAGCUCCCCACCCCAGAGUAACACUCCCGGGACACCUCCUUCCUACAAACUUCCUCCCCUGCUGGGUGCUUAUGAUGGCAAAGACGACUUCCCCCUACGAAAGACAGCCUCCGAGCCCAAUCUGAAGGUGCGCUCCAGGUUAAAACAGAAGGUGGCGGAGCGGAGGAGCAGCCCGCUGUUGAGGCGGAAGGACGGCACGGUGAUCAGUACCUUCAAGAAGAGAGCCAUCGAGAUCACAGUGUCCUCCGUGUGUAGCAGUGCCCCCGGCUCCGGUCCCAGCUCCCCUAACAGCUCCAACAGUGCCAUCGCCGAGAACGGAUCCAGUGGCUCUGUGCCCAACAUCCACGCUGAGCAAAUGCGAUCCCACCAUCACACAAUGAACACAGACUCCUCUGCCAGUCAGCUCAGCCUCUACACCUCCCCGUCUCUCCCCAACAUCUCCCUGGGCCUGCCAGCCUCUGUCACUGCUGCCAACUCGCACAUCGCCGCGCCACAGAAGAUGUCUGCCCAGCAGGAGGCGGAGCGGCAGGCCAUACAGACCAUGCGUCAGGGCGGCGCCCUCACAGGGAAGUUCGUCAGCACGUCCUCUCUGCCCGCCUGCCUGACCCCCGGGGUCCCCCACGACGCUGAGCCCCCCCCAGCGAACAGCCACAGCCACUCAUCCCUGCUCCAGCACGUCCUGCUGCUGGAACAGGCCCGCCAGCAGAGCGCGCUGCUCGCAGUGCCAAUCUACGGCCAGUCGCCCUUGGUGACGGGCGAGCGGGUGUCCGCCAACAUGCGCACGGUGAACAAGCUGCCCCGCCACCGGCCGCUGAGCCGCACGCAGUCCGCGCCCCUGCCCCAGAGCCCGCAGGCCCUGCAGCAGCUCGUCAUGCAGCAGCAGCACCAGCACUUCCUGGAGAAGCAGAAACAGUACCAGCAGCAGAUCCAGCUCAACAAGAUGCUAGCCAAGGGGAGCGAUCUGCCCCGGCCGCCCCCCACGCACCCCGAGGAGACAGAGGAGGAGCUGACCGAGACGGCCGAGAUGCAGGAGGACAGAGGGGGCGAGGCCGAGCCAGGGGAGGGGCCAACGCUGACGGAGGAGGAGGGGCCUGAGGAGCUCUCGCCCCCUCUGGAACAGCAGCCAAUCACGUUGAAGGAUGAGAACACGGAGAGCGAGGUGGAAGAGGAAGAUGAGGACGAGGAGCCCAUCGAGCUGAAGGAGUGCGACGAUCAGGGAAUACCUUACAGCCAGUUCUCGGACCAGCAGCACCUGCAGCAGCUCAACGUGUUCCAGGCGUCUCUGUCGAUCACGGGCAUGCCCCACAGGCAGCUGGGAAGGACACAGUCCUCCCCUGCCACGGCCGGCCUCAAGGGCACCACGAUGGGCGAGAAGCCCAUCAAACACCUCUUCACCACAGGUGUGGUGUACGAUACCUUCAUGCUGAAACACAUGUGCACGUGCGGGAACACUAACAUCCACCCAGAGCAUGCUGGGAGGAUCCAGAGCGUGUGGUCCAGGCUGCAGGAGACAGGGCUGCUCAGCAGGUGUGAGAGGAUCCGAGGCAGGAAAGCGACACUAGACGAGAUCCAGACGGUUCAUUCGGAGCAUCACACGUUACUGUACGGCACCAGCCCACACAACCGGCAGAAACUCGACAGCAAGAAGCUUCUAGGUCCAAUUAGUCAGAAGAUGUACGCUGUGCUGCCUUGUGGAGGCAUUGGGGUGGACAGCGACACCGUGUGGAACGAGAUGCACUCCUCAAGCGCGGUGCGGAUGGCCGUGGGCUGUGUCAUCGAGCUUGCCUUCAAAGUGGCUUCAGGUGAACUCAAGAACGGCUUCGCUGUCGUGCGCCCCCCAGGACAUCACGCGGAGGAGUCCACAGCAAUGGGCUUCUGCUUCUUCAACUCUGUGGCCAUCGCUGCCAAGCUGCUGCAGCAGAAGCUGAACGUGGGGAAGAUCCUGAUCGUGGACUGGGACAUCCACCAUGGAAACGGUACACAACAGGCCUUCUACCGCGAUCCUAGUGUGCUCUACAUCUCCCUGCAUCGCUACGAUGAUGGCAACUUCUUCCCAGGAAGUGGUGCACCAGAGGAGGUGGGGGCAGGCCCGGGAGUGGGCUACAACGUGAACAUCGCGUGGACAGGAGGAGUGGACCCUCCGAUGGGCGACGUGGAGUACCUAACAGCGUUCAGGACGGUGGUGAUGCCCAUUGCCAAUGAGUUCUCCCCGGACGUGGUUCUGGUGUCAGCUGGGUUUGAUGCAGUGGAAGGGCACCAGUCUCCGCUGGGCGGCUACUCCGUCACAGCCAAAUGUUUCGGUCACCUCACCAAGCAGCUGAUGAAGCUGGCGGGGGGUCGUGUCGUCCUGGCGCUGGAGGGGGGUCACGACCUCACAGCCAUCUGCGACGCCUCCGAGUCCUGUGUGUCCGCCCUCCUGGGCGAAGAGCUCGAACCCUUGCCAGAGGACACGGUGCAGCGGAAGCCCUGCCCGAAGGCCGCGGCGUCGCUGGAGAAGGUCAUCGAGAUUCAGACUAAGCACUGGAAGUCAGUGCAGAGGCUCUCCGCCACCGUGGGCCAGUCUCUGCUGGAGGCCCAGCGGCGAGAGAAGGAGGAGGCCGAGACGGUGAGCGCGAUGGCGUCCCUGUCGGUGGACACGGAGCAGGGGGCCAGCCAGGAGCCCAGCAGGCCGCCGGAGGAGCCGAUGGAAGACGAGCCGGCGUUGUAGAGAAGCCCCCGUGAUCAUGGACUCCAUCCUCGUGAGCCCUCACUCCCCCAUCACUGUCCGUCCCCCCCCCGCCCCACACACACACACAUUUCUCCAUGCCUGGUGAGCGCCCACGCUGCCCGACGGAUACGGAGCGGGCGAGAGAGGGGGAGGCAGACGGACAGGGACGGACGAGUGGGCGGGAAGAAGCAGGACGUUCGCCCCUGCCACCAUCUCCCCACCCCCACCCCCAGGGACGGAGAAGGAUUUGGAGAGACCGGUAACGCCAGUGGCGGAGGGGGUGGGUUAUAUUUUUAAACGCAGAGAGAUUUUACUGACAAAAAAGAACCUAUUUUUUCGUACAUUUGACGACGACAACAAAAAACAAACGCAAAACAGGACUCUGGUCCUCGUAGGAGAAGUGAAGACUGCAUUUUCCGACUCCAGAGAACAGAUGGAGUUCUUCUUUCUUUCUUGUGAGUGGGUGUAAACCGUUUUGUUUUUGUUCGUUUGGUCAGAUCCGAUAAUCUGGAAGGAAGCACACACACACGUGUCAUUUUCUUGUCGAUGUAUUUCUUAUCUUUCCUCUUGGUAUUCAGGGCAGCAGCAGGGAGAGCUGGGCAGCAGGAAUCACCUCCUUCCUUUUUAAAAAACCAACCAACAAUUCUAGGCUGGGAGCCGUGAGCUUGUGUGCGAGGGAGAAAGGGAACUGAGCUUGGGUUUUAAGCGUGAGAUCACACUCGGCCUGGACAUCUCACAGAUAGAGGGGUGUCUGGGGCGUCUCCAUCUUUGGCUCUCUUGGCAGACCAUCACACUCUCAUUAACAGGCACUAACCCCCGAGAAGGAAUGUUUUUCCCGAGUUUGGAGGCGAGGAGAGGAUCCGAAUUCCGUGUUUUUCUUCACUUGAGGGCUGUGUACAAGGAAGAUCAACCGAGCGGACAGGAGGGAGUAAAGGGGACUCUGACCCUGGAGUGUUCGAAUGACACAAGAGGAACUCGGUGCCUUUUAAAAAAAAAAAACACAACAGGAAAAGAGAAAAUCCACACACUUGUUACACUCAUGUACGUUAGUGUUUAAAAAUGCCUUAAUUUCCUUAAAACCCGUGACUUUCGCAGUUUGUGUUCGAACCGACAGAUUGGUAGGGAAGAUUCUUUCCUUUCUUUUUUUACUCCGGGAAAGUUUUCUAGCCCUCUCCUGUCUUAUUUUCUCCUCGGUUUAAUGGGAAUGCUGGGAGUGAGAUCCUCGAAGGGUCAAAGGUCGUCUGUGACCUUUGAGGUGUGUGGGGAGGGGGGGAGGGGGAGGUUGACAACCCCCAGCUUCGCCCCUUUUCUGCUUCCUGUUUGUUAUAUGUAUCUCCCUGGAGUGGUAGUUCGCGUGGCUGCGAUGCGAUGACCAGUUCCUGUCAUGUCUGUCCCUGUCUCUUCCCCGGUCGUUCCAGAAAACAGUUAUCACCAAAACCUUGUUGCUUUUCACUGACACAGUACUUUAAAUCCAACCACGUUAUUUUAGACAUCAACGGUAUUAUUUGACGUUGAGUGUGUGUACUUUGCAUUUUUUUGAAGAUGAUGGUGUUUCCGUUUGUAGGUUGAAGCUGGGGGUUUCCUUGCGAUAGGCAAAUGAGUACUGUACUAAAAAUCAAUACACGUAUCUGUCCUGUCCCAGUGUUGUUGAAAUCCAGAAGCUGAAGAGAUGUACUUAAUUUUUAAUUCUUAGGGGCUUGAUUUUUAAGACAGGGGCUUUGCAGAGUCUAUUUUGAUGGCUUUGGUCAUGGCAGUUUACCCUUGAACCCUACUGUUAUUAUUAAAAUAUUUUUCAUGUGUUCUGGAUUUAUGGUUUUAGAACUAGCAAGCCGGGCAGGAAGUCCAGUGAGGUGCAACGCUAGCCUGGGCUCCCCUCUGCAGCGGUAGCUGUAUAUUUUUAGUUCCACUCUCUUGCUCCUUGGGCUUAGGAAGGGGGAGCUGGACUUUGGAUCUUGCUUUAAUUGUAUUAUUUUGUGGGAAGUGAUUCUCCACCACCCUCAUUUUUCCCGGCUUGUUCUUUCAACACAGUUCCAUAAAUUUCAAUAGAGACGGACGUGAACAAGGAUCAAUUAGGGGAGCAGACAUCUUGCCUGGUCUACUGUGGGAGGAAUCCAGCACAGUGAAAUGGGCUGGACGCACACACACACAGAAUUAAAAGGAUUGGGGAUUUAUUUGUGCAGCUGUAAUGGAAGAAAGAACAUUUCCAGUAGUCUUAACAAAAAUGCUUGAAAGCCUCUCUGAGUGUGGUGGGUGAGUGAGAAGGGGCAGGUUCUGUUUCUUACUGGCAUCAGAACUCAUGAUCACAGCAAAGUAAAAAGUGAAGGCUGAGACUCGGUGCAUCUUAGUUUAGCUUUCAUUGAUUUUUUUAAACGUAUUAUUGUUUUUUUUUAAAGUUCAGUCAAUAACUGCAUAAUAUAUCUGAUCGGUGCAAUUGCACCAGGCCCAAAACGAUUGGAUUUGUGUGAGAGGUGAACUAGACCGGCUGAAGCAGAUUUGCUAAAAUUGCUCCUCAAAUUCCACACACACAAAAAAGCAUGAAAUAGUGGAUAGGUUAAGAUAACCAUACUGUGCAUACCUAUAUACUGUGUACACCAUUUUCAAGAGCAGUUUAGUUCUUUUAAUGCUGCGUUUUUCCAGAAUUCUCCUUCGUGUGUCUCAAUAACAUAUAUUCACAGGCGACUUUUCACCCGUUUCUGUGGGUCCUGAUCUCCAAUUGACACAUACAGCAGCCCCAGCAGAGGAACGCAGUUUGGUCAUUAAAUCCAUCUUGAGAGUUGAGGGAUGCCAAGUGGCCAUCAGGUGUGCACUCUGCCAGUGGUCCUUCUUGAUACCUGUGUGCAGGAACUGGCUGGCUCCUGGGUUUUGGCAGUGCUCUCAUUGGCUGCUUCCCUUCCAGCUGUGUGGCCUUUCUGACCCACCCCCUCACAUGUGGAACACGACGCUGUUCCAAUAGGCUGUUGAAUCAGAGCACCACUGACUUGCUAACAAAGAAGAUGCUGAUGCAUCUGCCUGCCUGCCUGCAGAAAAAGUAGAUUUUGCCAACACUCUCAGUGCAGCAGCAGAGCACCUGAACCCCGAAGAGCUGUUCAGUCAUGAGCCCCAGGCGGCCGUCUGCCCCUGCGGUUCCUCUCGUACAGAGCAGGGUCACAACUGCAGCAGGUCCUCAUCAGGAGGCUGCAGACAUCCUGUCUCACCACGGACUGACCCCUGCUCACAUUCCCUGUUAGUGGGUGACGUUCUGCGGUUUCAAGAGAGUUUUUUUUCAGUCUGCGUGGGCACGUCCAGGUUGUUAACACAGAAGAAGAGCCUGGAGUUUUUCAGGAAAUCCUUUCCGUGUGUGUGUAUACAUUAUGUCACAGUAACUCGCUGUUGACAGUAGCUUUACUGUAGUGCCCACGGUAUUUUACUAUUCUUCAGUAAAUAUGUAUAUUUAUUAAUACUUCAUAUGUUGUGUAUACAGGUAUUAGUGAUCUCCAAUUCUUGAGGUUUAAAGGAUAUUUGUAUAUUAUUUUGUAAUUUGGAAAGAGGUCUACCCUACACAUUGUGCCCUUCCACUGUUCUGAUUUAUACAAUGAACAUACACUGUGGUUGGAUUUUGAGCGUGUAGCUGUCUUCUACGGUAUAUUUUACAUAUGUUUAUUUUCUCUUUCUUGGUUAUAUUAAAUGCGGAAAUUUCAGAAAUUUCUAAGCACAUUCCGGAAAGUUUGCGUUUUUUCAAAUGCUAUCCUGUUAAAACAUAAAAUGAUGUAAAAUGUAUAUAUAUAUACAUGUGCAAUGCACAGCAUUUUAGCAAUCUAUAACUGUGAAUAUUAUAGAUGGAAAUCACUGUCCCUUUUCUAUUUUUAUUUUUUCCCUCAGCUACAUUUUUAUUAUUGCAUUGUGUACAGUCCCACCUUUUGGUAAAACAGUGCAAUUGCAGCAAGGAUCUUAAAGGGAAUGUUGAGACAAAAUAAUAUUGUAUUUUAGGAUGCGUGUUCUGAAUCUUUUUUUAACUUUCAUCCUCAUUCUUGACUUGUAGUUUCAUCCUUUUGAAAGACAUUAAAAUAACAAUACAGAGUGAGAAUGGCAUCAAGCUCUUCCAGGUUCAGUUAACUCUUGCCAUGCCAUUGAAGGUGUACGCUUCGCUGCAGAGUGCUGAACGACAUGGUUCACAGAAGGGGGUGUCAUGGAAGGACAAUGAUGCCUUAACAAAUUCUUCAAGAGACACAGCUGCAGACUUGAUUCGCAAUAGGGACUUGUGUUUCUCAUUUGAUCACAGCAAUAUACUUGGACAGUUCUAGGAUUUGUUUUUUGUUCUGUUCAACUUUGCUUUUCCCUUCCACUUGGUAGUGAUUUUGUUAAACCCCCCCAAAAAAGCACACGUCUGGAAAGAGUCGUAUCUAGGAGGAGUGUGUGUGUGUGUGUGUGUCUCUGUGUGUGUGUGUGCGAAUCUCGCACCAAGUCUGUCCUGAGUGGCUGAGUUCCAGCAGCUUCUGACCCCUUUCACACCUGUCCAGCGGCACAAAUCGCAGCUCUGUCCUCUUCUGGGCAGAAGCCCAAAGAACCCAGAGUUCUCCACGGCCCUGGAAAGCCACAGCUCUGCAGGUUUUGUUAACUAGUUACCAAGGACCUGGAAACCAUGUCGAAAUAUACCAUUGGUGCAAAUAAUGGUUUCAGUUAUGUCACUCGUAGCACAGGUGAACCCCAGACACCCUUGUGGCUUCCCAGGGCUGAGGUGCCAGACUCGAUUUUAUACUCGACAUUAGCUCCAGAGCAAUUGGGGCUAAUCAGCACUAUGCUUGAUUGGAUUAUACAACCUGUAUAGGCAGUGAUGAAUGGAAUCAUCUCCUUACCAGAUCUUCUCUUUAAGCUGCUGGAACUCCUUUGCUUAACCUCGCUGUUCCAGGGAGUACCCUUCUGGAAUUUCUCAUGAAAGAGAAAGCUAAGGUGACAACCUAGUGACUUCUCCACUGUAUGUCUGGGCAGUGUAUCUUUGCUCUUCAGUCUCUGCCAGGGCACUAGAUUCUUCCUGCUGUGCAAGGAUGAGGCCUGGGCUUGUGCUCUGAAACCAGGGCAAUUAAAAGUGGUGUGCGACAGGCAGAUCUCGUCUUGGGCUUCCUGUGCGGUGAGGUGGACAUCUUCAUGUGGUAUUUUUUUCUACUGCUGGAUAAGACUUUAUGACCUGAACACUAAAAUGGAGAUCUGGUGUUGUGCAGUGGAGAUGGGUUGGCAUUGCUGAAGGCAGCUGGUGUUGGGAUUUCUCUGUGUUUCCUGUUGGGACUUCCCUGGCCCCCAGCUGCGAAUACCUAGAGGGGUUAAGGAUGCAAGUGAAAUUCGGAAGUUGCUUUUCUUUUCCUGCGUGGGGUUGCUCCUUCUGUACCGGUACUAAAAAGGGUGACAGUUUUAAACGUGCGAGAGACAGAAGCUCUGUCCCCUGGUUGGAAACUUAAAGGCACACGUAAUGCAUACACCUUAUGCACCUGUGCCUCUCUUAUUGAUACUUCAGAACUGCACUGUGUAUGUGUAUGGAUUUACUGUAUAUUAUAUAUAAACUAUAUAGUGUAAACACACAAGUAUAUUUCUACAAUACGACGUGUAUAACACAGUUGGUUCACCUGUACCUGUGCAAUUCACCUGAUUUCACAUCACUACGAGUUCGCCUGUGCCACCUUCCCUCGUUGUUCUGAGUUCCGAUGUGCCUGGGUCUAGCAAUACAGCAAACCACCCACAAAGAGGAAAGUGGAGACAUGUCUGCUUUCCAUUAUUUUUUUUGGGGGGGGUCUUUGCUAAAGUUGUGGCAGGUGUAUUGUUUUCAUUGUUGUAAUAAAGGCGAUAAGGACAUACUGCAUUUCAACACUCCUCAGCCCCCUGCAGGGUGAGAGCCAUAUUACUGGAGUGCUUUUGGGGUUGGGGAGAGUACACGCGUGACUUUCCAAAGGACUCUGGGGAAUGGUGCACUUUGCUUGUGUUGUCCCAGCAGGGAGAGCACAGCCUCUCAGGGCUUCUAAAGAGCACAGGUUAAAUCGACACACUGUUUUGCCAGCUCACGGUCGCUGCACAGUACUCAUGUCAAAGCGCACAUCUGUACUGUAGAAAAGUGGAAACAUCUGAAAAGUCUCAGACAGCUUUCAGUCUCAUUGGUCUUUGGUGCAGGAUGGCAAAAAACAGAACUACGGAGCUACAGCUUUGUGGAGCUGUUUCUUAAAGAUGAGCAAUCAGAAACUGUUUGUGCCCAUAAUUUAUUUUGGGGUUAAAAAAAUAACACACCAGAGAAAUGUCUUUUAUUAUUAUUCAGUUAAUGAAAUGGGUUGGAUGAAUUCUCAAUGUUCUUUUUUGUAAUCAUGAACACAUUCAGUGGUACAUGGGGUUGUACUGCGAACAUUGUCGAUGCUAAAUGUUCUAUCGAGUCGAAUUUCGAGUGCGUGUUCUCUAGUGGUUGAUGAUCAGUAUUGUGUUGUAGAAAAUGUUAAUUUUGUCACUUUUCAUUUGGUUUUUUGAUUUUUUAUUUUUUGGAAGAAAAAAUAACAAGACACUCCUUUAAAAACGAAAAAAAAAAAUCUUGUAUCUUAUCUAUCUGUUCUCUCUUAAAUGUUUGAAGUCAAGUAUUUUGUAUCAUGUUAUAACAUUUGUCUUUGUGUAAAUAAAUGACAUUGUUUCUGCCAAGAGUCUUGGUUGAUCUAUGUUUAUUUACUGCAGAUAUCAAGAAACGUGCCCCAACAUAACAAGAAAUGAAGGAAUAUGCACUAGAGACAAUUAAAGAAAAUGGGAAUGAAAUUUGCAUACCUCUACAGUACUUUAUGUAAAGUCCUGUACUCUAACCCAGGGGCUGUGGGUUCAAAUCCCAGGUAAGAGGCUGCUAUACUUCACUCUUGAUUGCUCUAGUAAGUGUUCUGCUGUUUGGGUUUCCAGAAGGUAAAACUAUUGACAAGAAGAAAUAAUUUCUCCAGGUAAACACUAUUAAUACAAGCUAUUCUACCACAUGGGUGUUGGGGAUUGUUCCGUAAAAUGUCUUUGAGAUGCAGAUCCACAAAUGGAUGUCAUGCUUGUCCUCAUGGCCAGGUAACUACUGUGCAGUUUCCCAAAAGGAUGGACAUGACACCUGCCAACUUAAUUCCCUUUUUUAAAGACAAAGAGUUGUUUAUAUUACAAGGCAACACUAUUGGGGUUUAAUGGCUCUCUAAAGUGACUUUGGUACAACA